AUGCCAAACAAAGCGACAGAGGAGUUUGAAAAUUUUAAGGCGACCUCAUCCACUACCGCUUCUACAAAAGAGUCUACCACAACAGAGGUUUCAACAGUUGAGACGAUUACCACAACAGAAACUUAUACAACAGGUACGUCGACUACCUCAACAGAAACGCCAACAACAGCUACGUCGACCACCUCAAUAGAAACUUCUACAACAGUUGCGUCGACUACCUCAACAGAAACUUCGACUACGUUUGCGACAGCCUCCGACAACGAAUAUUCGGAUACAUCCACAACAUUUGCUUAUGACGAUUCGAGUACUGUAACUGACACGGGAUCUGAGGUGAGCAUCGAUGUCAAGCGGGAUUCUUAA